AUUGAUCGGAAUUUAGAGCAAUGCUAUACGGGAAGCAAAGCGAUUUCAAUUAAUCGCGAAUUUGUAAUAUAUGUAAUACGUAUGUGCGGUAAAUUGUCGUUCACGAUGUCAUUUAUUUCUACUAUUUUUCGGCCAUAAUAGAAAACGCUCAUAAUUAUUUGCCCUGUGGUCCAUAUUUUUAAAUCUGCAGGUAGUAUCGGUUGACAGACACUAGUUUAUAAAAACGCAUUGAAUAUUGCCCUUGGGUCGUCUGCUCGAUUUAAAACUGUACAACCGGUCGUGCGAGUUUGACACUACCUGUAUAUGACACGGUACACGAGCAGAACCACUCAUUGAUUUGUUGAAAAAUUGUAUAUUUUUACGUAGGAUUUCUCUGGUAGAUUUCGUACUAUCGACUUGGCGUUGCUAUUAUGCACUCUAAUUCAUCAACAGCUAAUAACAAUGAUCAUUAUGAUUAUUAUUAAUAAUAGGAUAUUUAAUUGUCAAUAACAUCAUGCUUGCAAUAACUAUUGUAUUUACUUACAACUUGCUAUUCAUAAGUAGUGUGUGUAUUAUAAAAUGAGCAUUUCUUCAGAAUGGGAUUAAAAAGUUUUGAAUCAGAGAUAAACUAUAUAUACACAGGGGUCUCAAGAGUUGAACUCAGAACUCUGCGCAAGAUAUAACACAAUAUACGAUAAUGAGUAAAUCUGAAAAUAGAAACAAACUGGUAUUUCGAUAUCGUUUCUUUGCAUUGUUAUUAAUCUGUAUGCUAUUAGCAUCAGUAAGACCUGACUUUGGAGGUGUAAACGGGGUAAUGAAUGGGAACCUGGCAAUUUGGUAUUUUGCUGUGCCUUUAACUUACUUAGAAGCUGGACUAUCCUUCAGUCCACUUUCGCUCUACACAGCGCUAAGUAACGGCUACCUUCAGAUUUUCGUGAUCUGUUUUGUGUAUAUUUUGAUGCCUCUAUUGAUCAGAGUUGGAACGUGUCUAUUAACAUACGUUGGGGUCAACAUUUGGCUCCUUAAGGGAAUGGAGGUGUUGUAUUGUAUGCCACCUCCAUUUAGUACAGGUCUUGUACUGAGCCGAUUGGCAGAUGCAGAUCUACCAACGAGUAUAGUUACAACAUUGACAUCAUAUUUCGUCGGAUUAUUUCUAUCCCCAUUCUUGCUGUACAUAAUGCUGGGUGCAUCAACUGCACCUUUUGUUGGCAUCAAUGUCAGAGAACUAUUAUUAAGCACCUUGAUACCUUUAGGUGUCGGUGGUAUUUUACAGCCAGUUACCACUAAGUUGAAAAUCUGUGAUGGACCUCGAACUGCCUGGGUUCCACAGGGAUUACUGUUAUUAACUGCAUAUCACUGGUUCUGUGAUGCUCUGUCGGCUGAUGCAUCAUCUCUUCAGGCAGUUGACAUACUGCUCUGCAUUUUGAUCGCCUGUGUAGAACAACUCAUUGUUGCCUGGCUUUGUUGGGUGCUGUGUUCACGUUGGUUAUCCCGCAAGAUUCUGCUGGCAGCCUUGUUCACGACAACUCACAAGUCUGUUGGACUUGGAGGAUGGCUUUUGAGAGGUGCAUAUCACGGAUCAGCUCAUGGACCUUCCAUUACUUUGCCACUCUCAGUUUUACCAGUUGCACAACUUUUGCUUGGAAGUCUUUUGGCGAACUGGGUCGCACCCUGACGUCCAAUGAAAAGUAGAAGAUUCGAUACAAAGGUGGCUUCCUUUCCGACAUUGCAGAUCCGUAUUAUCCCACAACCGCUGCAACCAGUAGCAUACGAUUUAGUCCCAGGCAGACUCUGAUCCUUGCCGAAGAGCAACGUGUUUAUCAAUAAUAUUAUAACUCGUACACAAAUAGUUAAAGUUUUCAAGUUCAUAGUGUAAAAUUAGUCUUGACCAGCUAAUAAUUGUUUCACUUAUAGUGUGUUAUACCGGAGUAUAGUGCGAUCAAUUGGCAAAGAUUAAAUUAAUGACAAACUUCCGAAAGCCUAAAACCAUAACAACAAGAAUUGAUUAUGUAUCGUAAGACUUAUUCUCUUAGUUCCAAAUAAUUUUGCAUGUACUAUUUUUUCGGAUAUAGAACUUAGUGCGCCAAUGUUUAGCAUCUUCGGUAUAACAGUUUUAUAAGUCUUUACAAUAUAGCCUAUUUGUUAUGAAGCUUUGUUUCUUCAGUAUUUUAACAAAGCUGAAUCAGUAAGUCGUCACUGAUCCAAGAUAUCUGUAUCUGGAAAAAUGAAUUUUAGCAAGCUUUAGCAUUUCGAGGGCAGUUUAUACUGAACUUAUUUAGGUACUCCUUAUUUAACGAUCCAAUGUAUUUUUUUUUUUUGUUUUUUUUUUUUUAAGACGGAUGCAAUUCAGUUUUUCGUUAAAUUAGCACUUUAGCAAGCAGUAGUCUUGUUAAAAUAUGUAUAAUACACACUCAUUCAUGGGAUAUUGGUGCAAAAUCUGGUAUAGCAUAUCGAAAGUUCUGCGUGAAAGUGAAGUUUCUUCUUGGGGAGAGGACUUGCUAAAAUAUAUCUAAAAUACAUAUAAAUACAUUUGUAUUACAUACAAGAGAACUUUACUCCUAAAAUGAUCAUUCCAAAGCAAUAGCUUCCUAAAAUUCAUUUUUGCAGAUAUAGAAAUCUUGAAGGUCAUAAUUUCUCAUAACUGAAUGCUAUUAGAGGUCAAGUAUGUGAUUUGGGAAAAUGAGUUUAUAAAGUUCUCAUAAAUUUAUAGCAUGUACAAUUUGGACAAUGGUGCGAAAAUUUAUUAAUACUACUUAUUCCGAAGUCGUGUUCGCAAUUUUGAGAAUUUUCUAGUUUAUAUCUUAUUAUUAUAUUCUAUAAGCGUAAACUAAUUAUGUACUUAGUGACGAUCAUUAACCAAGGAUCUUUGUAAACUAGAUUAUUGAGCGGCAAGUGAAAGCAAAAUUUUGUGAUAUUCUUCUUCAGUGGGUUUCUCUGUGGAGCUAUUAUAAUUGGGAAAUGGUGAAUUUUGAGGUCCAUAAAACCGUGGUUUUACUACUAAGCUAAUUUGUAAAUAAAUCAUGACACAGAGGUGGGAAAUUACCUUUUUCAACAUAAAUCUCGAAGGAACU